CCACCAUCUGUCGAAUGAUUCAUCAGUAAAAACUCAACGUAAACAAUCAGUAAUUUGUCAGUUUUGGGAAAUAAGGUUCAGAUUGGAAUCCGGUCGCAUUUUAUAUAUUUUAUCCAUUAAAUUUCGUUACAUUUGUAUGAUCUCAUAUUGCUAAAAUAAAAUGGAAUUCUCCGUGACGAGCGAUACCUGUCGAAUAUGUUUGGAGAACAAUCCGAAUUGCUGUUUGUUGAGUGAUUCUUACAAGGGAAACAUUCCUCAGUUUAAAGGGAAUUCAAAUCUGGAAACAUUCAUGGAUGUUUAUAAAUUUGUUGCUGGUAUAAAAGACCCAGUUGCUGCACCUGAAUCUUCAGUCACGGAUUUUUUCCCUAAGCGUGUUUGCAACGAUUGCACCGUAAAGUUGGCGACGGCCUUAGAAUUUCGACGUAAAGCACUAAGAUCGGAGGAUGUUUUGAAAAAUCUUAUAGAACUCUAUGAUGACCGCGAACUUGACAAUACUGAAAUAGUCGACGACAUUGAUGAAUCGGAGACUGCGAACGAUGAGUUUUUAGAUGAAAUUGAUGUGGGAGAAUACAAGGUAGAAAAAAUUGAAUAUGUGCAAGAGCCAACAACAUUAGUUGAAAACGACAAAUCAAUUGCGAAUAAAUCCGAGAGCUCACCAGAACUUAGUUCAGCAGGAUCAAGUAAUAAAUCCAAAAGCAUUAAAUUUACUGGCAAAAAAGUAUCGUGGCCUACCGCGUGGGUCAAUGCUGCAAAAAAGAAACAAGCCGAGAAAAAGGAUAUUCUUUGGCGAGGUAACCCGCUAACCACUCAAUGCGAGGACUGUGGGAAGAUGAUUAUUUCACGAAAUUUGAAAGCGCAUAUGGUUUCUCACAAAAGUAUUGAUACACCUAAACCUUACAGUUGCAACAUUUGCAAUUCCACAUUUACUGUGAGAAAAAACUUGAAUAACCAUAAAAGGAUCCAUUCGAAUGAUAAGCGAUACACAUGUUCGUACUGUAACAUGAAAUUUCUUCAUUGGGGUUCGCGCCGUUAUCACAUAGCCAGAUGCCAUACCGGUGAGAAAAAGCAUGUUUGUGAGAUUUGCGGUGCAGGUUUUCGCAAUUCAUCUCAAUGCAUUAUCCAUUACCGACGUCACACCGGAUCGACUCCUUUUGCAUGUGACCAAUGCGACCGACAAUUUGUGUAUAAGCAAAGCCUGAAGUUUCAUCAACUCUCGCACACCGAUGCUAAAAACUUCCAUUGCGAUGUCUGUGGGAAAUCUUACAAAUCGCGCAAAUCCUUGCGAAUCCACGUGAGAACAUUACACGAACUCGAGAAAAACUAUGUUUGUCCUAUUUGCAAUCUAGCGUUUUCGCAGAAUCAUGUUCUGCGGACUCAUUUGCUGAAAAAUCACCCAGACUACGAACCUCCACCGCCGGGAACCAUCGUUAGUGUCAAGGGCCUUGAACGAUUGAAGAAGCUAGCAGAAAUAGUUCCAGAUGCGGUUGCACAUAAAAUGGAAUUCUCUGUAACAAGUGGUACCUGCCGAAUAUGUUUGGAGAACAAUCCGAAUUGCUGUUCGUUGAGUGAUCCUUACAGGGGAAACAUUCCUCAGUUCAAAGGGAAUCCAAAUCUCGAAACAUUCAUGGAUGUUUAUAAAUUUGUUGCUGGAAUAGAAGACCCAGUUGCAGCACCUACAUCUUCAGUCACGGAGUUUUUCCCUAGGCGUAUUUGCAAGGAUUGCACCGUAAAGCUGGCGGCGGCCUUAGAAUUUCGACGUAAAGCACUAAGAUCGGAAGAUGUUUUAAAAAACCUUAUCGAACUUUAUGAUGAUCAUGACCUCGACAAUGUUGAAAUAAUCGACGACAUUGAUGAAUCGGAGACUUUUCUGGACGAAGAGUUUAUAGAUGAAAUUGAGGAGGAAGAAUACAAGGUGGAAGAAAUCGAAUAUGUGCAAGAGCCAACAUCAUACGCUGAAAAAGACAAAGUAAUUGCGAAAAAAACAGAAAACUCACAAGAACUUGUUUCGGCAGAAUCAAGUAAUAAAUCCAAAAGCAUUAAAUUCACUGACAAAGUAUCGUGGCCAAAAGCGUUGAUUAAUGCUGCAAAAUACAAUCAGUCGGAGCCAAAGGAUAUUCUUUGGAGAGGUAAUCGGCUGACCACUCAAUGCGAGGAUUGUGGGAAGAUAAUUGUUACACGAAAUUGGAAAAUGCAUAUGGCUUCUCACAAAAGUAAAGUUGAUCGACCUAGACCUUAUAUUUGCAACAUUUGCAAUUCCACAUUUACACUAAAGGAAAACUUGAGUAAGCAUAAAAGGAUCCAUUCUAAUGAUAAGCGAUACACGUGUUCGUACUGUAACAAAAAGUUUCUUCAUUGGGCUUCGCGCCGUUAUCACAUCGACAGAUGCCAUACCGGUGAAAAAAAGCAUGUUUGUGAGAUUUGCGGUGCAGGUUUUUGCAAUUCAUCCCAGUACAUUCUCCAUUCGCGCCGUCACACCGGAUCGACUCCUUAUGCAUGCGACCAAUGCGACCGGAAAUUUGUAGACGGACAAAGCCUGAAGUUCCAUCUACUCACGCACAGCGAUGCUAAAAACUUUCCUUGUGACGUCUGUGGGAAAUCUUACAAAUCGCGCAAAUCUUUGCGAGUCCACAUAAGAACGUUACACGACCUUGAGAAAAACUAUGUUUGUCCGAUUUGCAGUCAAGCGUUUUCGCAGAAUCAUGUUCUGCGGACUCAUUUGCUGAAAAAUCAUCCAGAUUACGAACCUCCGCCGCCGGGAACCAUCGUUAGUGUCAAAGGCCUUGAACGAUUGAAGAAACUAGCAGAAAUGGUGCCAGAUGCCGUUGUACAUGAUCAAUAAACUUAUUUUCUUGUUUUGAAUAAAAUUGAAUGGACUCACAAA